AUGGUUGCCCACAGACGCGGCCCAUGGUCGCAGCACGAGGAUCAGUGGCUCGUCAACCUCGUCGCUCGCAAUGGACCUCACAACUGGGUACGCAUCUCACAAGAGAUCGGCUCCCGGUCACCAAAACAAUGCAGAGAGCGUUACCACCAAAAUCUUAAGCCAUCCUUGAACCAUGAUCCAAUUACUGGAGAAGAGGGGGAGCUGAUUGAGAAGAUGGUUGCUGAGAUGGGCAAGAGGUGGGCAGAGAUUGCACGCAGAUUAAAAGGACGCAGCGACAACGCUGUGAAGAACUGGUGGAAUGGCGGCCAGAACCGCCGCAAGCGCAACCCUGAGCGCCCUGAUCAGAGACCCCGAGAGCACAUGCACCACCCGCAGACUGGUUACCACUACCCAGCUCCCCAUGGCCAGCCCCACCACGAAGAGCACCGCAUGGCCUCAUACCACGAAUCACACCGACCAUCACUCAACACCUCAAUGAACUCUCCCCACGUCAUGAAGCUGCCUCAGCCCCAGCGUUUCGAACCCUUCUCCGGAUCACGACCUCAGCCUCUUGACAUCUCAGCCUAUGGAUCGCACGCUACCGUACGAGCACGGGGAUUCGAGACGCCCAUGCCUUCUCCUUCUGGCUACUCCAUCGUGUCAGCCGAUGGCGCACCUUCUCUCAUCACAGACACUGGCUCAGAGUCUCGCUCACCACGUGGUGCAGCUUCACCACUUGACAUCACACUCGCUCCAUUAGUCGGCAGUCGGGAGGAACGCAAGAGCUCUUCUACCCGAUAUCUACCCACAACUGGCUUUGCGCCCGAAGACGACUCUUCCUACGAUGUCUACAGGCGACGAGGCUCACUACAACUCCCUCCUCUACACCGCAGUGAUGCUUCAGCACCCAAGCCUUCGCCUGCGUUCCGCGAGCCAAACUACGAGCGACCACAACCACCAAGACUCCUCACUCAACCCACACCUCAGCUCACACACCACCACUCUAUGCCUCAGUCUGCGCCAACAAGUGUUCCACAACGGGCACUUCCUCCUUUCCACUCUCUCGCCGAGCCAACGCUCCCGGUGCCGCAGUCUUCGAGUGCAACAACUAGCCCAGCUGCGCGACAACUCCCGUCACCCUACGUGCUCCCUUCGGUACCGUCAGAGGCCCGGAGUGCACCCGUCUCACCCAAAGACAGGAUGUCCCUGCGAAACAUCAUGUAG